CGUGCGUUUUCCCGCAUCCGACAUACGCGCGAGUAUUAUAGCGCACUCGGGCGAGGCGGCUUGAUGCUCUGAACGUCCAUGAAGCCUGCGCUCGCUGUCCUCGCCGGCGUGCACAUCGUCCUCUCCGUCCUUGGCCCCGUCCUGCUCGCGUGCUACAUCUACAACCGCGCCUAUGGGUACUGGUUGGACCACGUCGGGAACGGCGUCUGGGAGCCUGCGUGGCCCAAGGCGCGCACGCGCUUCGUGCUCUGCAUGGUCACGGUGCCCAUCUGGGGGCUCUGCAUGGCGGGGGGAACGCUGCUGUGGGAGACGGGGAAGCGAGCGUAUGCGACGUACAGUGCGCGCCACUGGCGCGCGUACUACCGAGCCCUCAACGACACGGACGAGGAUCACUCCAAGACGCGCGUGCGGGUCAAUAGGGGGGAGGGGCGAGGAACCUGGAUCGCGCUCAGCGUCUAUGGCAGCUUGGCGCUGUGGGGGCUGUUCCUCUUGGCGACGUACGAGCAGCCGGUCGAUCAUCGGUUCAAGCAGGACAUCGCGCUUGCGAACAGGUCCCCCCGACCAGAGGGAUAUGGGGAUGGCGAGAAGGUGUUCAUCGCUGCCAUGUUCCACAACAACGCAGGGGUCAUACCCUACUGGACCGAGCAGUGCAUCAAGCUCAUCCACUACCUGGGCACCGACAACGUCUACGUGUCCAUCGUGGAGUCGCACAGCACCGACAACUCCCCCGACUUGUUGCGCCAAUUCGACGCCGCUCUAUCAGACUUGCACGUCGAGAAGCGCAUCCUUGUGAACGACAAGUCAAUAUCUCGCCCAUCCACCAUGGAUACUUCCCCCGCGCGCAUACAGUACUUAGCCGCCGUGCGAAACCUCGCGCUAGAACCUCUGGUCGAGCGCGGCGGAUUCGAGCGGGUGCUAUUCAGCAACGACAUCUUCAUCAAGGCCGAGUCCAUGCUCGAGCUGUUGAAGACCCGUGACGGAGACUAUGACAUGGCUUGCGCAGUGGAUCUAUCCUUCUGGGGACUGUAUGACGCGUGGGUGGUGCGCGACAGUCUAGGGAGGAUACCGUCAUCUUUAUGGCCGUAUCUUGCUGACGAGGAAGGCAUGAGCGCCAUCAAGAGGGACGAGCCAGCGCCAGUCUCCACUUGCUGGAAUGGCAUUGUGUCGAUCCGAGCAGACCCCUUCCUUCCAAUCCAUCUCCGAAGACCGAACAGUCUGUCCAUGAAGCCUCUUUCGCACCCAUUACCCGAGAGCCAUCCGGCCUACCCACAACCGCCCGACCUGUCCCCCGCCGGCACGCUGCCCCUCCGCUUCCGACACUCCUCCCCCAACGAAUGCUUCUCAUCCGAGUCCUUCAACCUCCCCUACGACCUCCGCCGCCAGUUCGACCUCACCGGGAUCUACCUCAACCCGCGUGUCAUCACCAGCUACGACUGGAACUUCUUCGUAUGGUACAAAUACGUUACCCGACACUGGCUGGUGAAGUGGUUCAUCGAGCGCGUCGAGGAGGGCGCCGGGAUGGAAAACGCGCGGAUGAUCAUCGGCGACGCCAACAAUAUCUGGACGUGGGACGGGGGCGAAUGCCAACCCUGGUGGUAGCACGAGGUUACCGACUGUCUAUACCCCAUUGGAUGCCAACGACGCUCGCUUUGUAAUGUAAGAGGCCGAUUCGGAAGAAGAUUCAGAUCCAGGAAGACACCGUUGUGUUGGGUCCCUUUGUAAACGGCCAAG